GCUGAUCCUCCUGGCUGAUCUCUCCGCCCUCCUCGCUGUGUCCUGCGCAUUCUGCACGCUCAUUCCCCGUCCUCCUGCCCCCACGUUCCUCUGUCGUUUAUGCUGACGCUGAUACCUCCCUCCUCUCGCGCUCAGAUCGGGACUCGUUUGACGCACACGAACUGCCUUCCCCAUUUCCGCCUGUCAAGACAGCAAUGUCCGACGACGCACGCAUCCCCGCUCUUCUGAACGUCCUCGCGAUUCCCAAGCACGAGUGGUCGAACGAAGAAGGCCUCCCUGCGACUGGUGUGUCCCCUUCCAGUGCCUACAUAGUAGAGUCGCCGUCCGUCACGCAGCCGCCGCCCUUGCCCUCUCACUCCCCGUACCAAAAAGUCCUCGACCGCUCGGCAUCCGAAGACGACGCAAUGACUUCAGACCCGACUUUCUCGCAGUCCGCCCGUUCGCCUUCCCUGCCCACGUCACUCCCAGACCCUUCGCAGUUCCCCGAUCCUUAUCCCUUCCGCCCGCCGCGUUGGCAACACGGCACGUCGACUCCAGCGCUCUCAUCCGCAGACUCCUCUUCGGCAUCUACGCGUUCUUCCGCGUAUACGAGCUCAGCGCGUUCCGGCGACUUCGGACACGUCCAUGUUGUCGGUAGUGAGGGUGAGCUGAGCGUCUCGGGCAUUACCUCGGACGUCGUGGACCAACUUCUGGCGCGCGACGCUGGGACCUCCUCCUCGAUGCCGGGCAGACCGCCGUUUGAGGGGAGUCGCUGGUCGGACUUGUACGCGAACAGCAUCAGAUCGCGCUCCUCUUCGGUUGGCAACAACAGGAGUGACCUUCCCUCAGAUUCCGGCUUUCGUACGCUACGCGCCACGCCUAGUUUUGACAUGGGUUGGCAGGCGGUGGAUGAGCGGGAUGAGGCCGGUCUGGGUAGCGAGGAUGAAACCACCGACGAUGAUCCUUUGUUAGACGAGGAGGACGAAGCCGAAGAGGAACUACCCACCAGUGCUAUGGUCGUUGCUGAGGAGGGUCGUGGUAUCAUAGUACGAGGAGAUGAUACGCCGAUCGUGAAGCUACAAGUCAAGCCAGGUACGACUCACUUGCUGAUCGGCUCAUCUAGUACGCCAAACAGCGUACCGUCUUUCCUCAACAACAGCCUCCCUCCCAUUGCUAACACGCUGCUCGCUCUCGAUAUCUCUGCCAACUUCCUCGUUGCCUUGCCGCCGGCGCUCGCGGGUUGCUACAACCUGGAAGAGCUGAACAUUGCUUCUAACCCUAUCCGCGCUCUGCCCGAGUUCCUCUCCAGGCUCACGUCUCUUCGGGUCCUCAUUGUCGAGUCGACAGGCAUCAACACUUUGCCGGAAUCAUUGAGUGCUCUUGACAAGCUUCAUACGCUUAGCUUCCGGAGAAACAAGCUCCAUGCUCUUCCAAGCUGGCUAUGUCUGCUGCCAUCACUCGAGACGCUUCUCGUCGACGAUAAUCCCUUCCAGGGGCCAUGGAAAGCACUCAUGGAGCCAUUGUUGGCGAAGCAGCCGAUGACACCGCUUUAUCCGCCUGCCACGCCCAUGUUCUCGCUAAAGUCGGCCAGCAGCAUGAACACGGGACUGAGCCAGACGAAACGUUGGACAUGCACUGGCAUGAUGGAAGACGAAGACACCAUUACCGCCGCACGUGCGCCCCAUCUGGCACGCUCGGUCACUGCGCCAGUACCGGGCGCCACAGACAUGCCCUCACCAACUCUCUCCCGCACUCGCACGACCCCCAAUCGUUCGUACUACGAGAAGAACCGCGCUGUGAGCCGUUCGGGGAUGGCAUCCGGUGGAUCGUCGCGACCGCCGUCAUCGAAGGGGCGCCAGGAGGCGGAGGGUGCUGGGGAGGUGCGAAAGAUGAAGAGUGCCGGUGAGCUACGUAGGAAUCGUUCCGCCGUCGCCGAUCCCGCAUCCAAGUCGGCGGCGUCGUCCCCGCAACGUGCUGCUCUCUCGGAAUACGUGACAUCCGCUUCCAGCUCCAACUUACUGAACGCCGCGUCCAUGCCGCGUGACUCCCAGGUGGUCCCUAAGCGGUUUGCCAGUCUGGGUGUAGCGUCGGGCUCGACUUCGCCAAACUCCGUGCGGGCGAGGAUGACGGUGGAUAAUAGCUUUUGGGAUAACACACCUGAAGAAGAUGAGGUGCCUGCGCUGCCGCCCAUGCCCAGGCGAGCAACCCUGCCCAGCAAGCAUCCUGACGCACCCCAGCCCGAGCCAGAUAGCCGGGCCUUUGCUGAGCUGCCUUCGCCACCGCCCAAGGAGGAGAAAUCUCGACGUUGGGGAUUCCUGAAAAAGAUGUCGAUGGGGAAGAUGCGGCCGGAAUCGCCUCGGCUGCCUCCUUCCCAGAGUCGGCAAGGGACGCCUACCAUGCGUCCUACACUGAGCAGAGCUGCUUCCACGAACCCUGGGUCGAUUCCGCAGAUUAAUGUGCGAAUCUCGACCACCGGCGCUCUGCUCAAUCACAACAACCAUGCGCUCCCGCCUAUACCCCCGGGGGAGUCGCUGCCCACUAUUGCUCAGGAAGAGCCUGAUGAUGAUCUGCCGCCACCCCCGCCUCAGAAGCCUCAGAUCGAUGCGCUGAGGAUACCAUCCUCGAUCCCGAACUCCACCUCUUCUUCCAGCCUCCUGGCAGCAACGCCUACCCCUCGGGCUACGAAGCGUCGGAGCUUCCUGCCCAUCGACAUGUCGCCCAUUCCGAUCCCGGCUGCAUCUGGCUUCGUCGGCGGCGUGACUGUCGCUGACGGUGUUGAGGACGAAUUCGAGGACGGAUCUCGAUCUGUGCAAAGUCCACCACCCGUACCGAAGGAUACGAUGGAGCAGGUGCAGCAUCGGGAGGAGGAGCGGCAACGGGAGGCGCGCAUGCGUGCGCUGCGGUCGGUCAUGGCUUACCUCAGAGAUAUGCACGACUUGAGUCUGGCGCAAGGACCUCUGCCUCCGAUCCCCCCGGACCCUCCUGGGGUUCGCUCUAGGAGACCGACUAUGGUAGAGAACGGUAGAGUGACAUCGGAGGGCUCCAUCCCCUCGAUGAUGUCGACGCCAUCUUUGCCUUCGUCUAGGCCCGACUCGUCCGCUGGCUUGCGUUCCGUCGAUUCCCGUAUUGGUCUUCGUAGUGGUUACACGACGCAGACGAACAGUGUGGCGACCACGGAUAGCAGUGGCUCUGGAGAAGAGCGAAAGUACAAGGACGACAGAGCGAAGCGCUCGAGAAUCAUUCGGGAGAUCGUAGAGACGGAGCGAACAUACGUCAAGGGUCUGCAAGAGCUCGUAGAUAUCUAUAUCGGGCCUGCAGCCACCCCGGUGAAUGUCCUGAGUGGCGUCAGUCAGAAGCAGGAGACUGUCGUACCUGCUCAGGAGCGCAAGAUCGUCUUCGGUGGUUUGGAAGCCCUGUAUGCCUUCCACAAGGAUAGCUUCUUGCCUGCGCUGGAGCGUGUGGCGGCUCCUCUGCUCAUCCCGUCCGAGGACUUGGUCCUUCAGGAUGCUGAUGGCUACCUCUCCUUGGAUGUCGCUACGAAGGUUGCUCAGGUCUUCGUAUCACACGCAGCGUUCAUGAAGAUGUACUCGACUUACAUAAACAACUUCGACAACUCCGUACAGAGGAUCAGGACGUGGACGUCGGAUAGACCCGGGGGCUCCUCAGAGAAGACAUUGUCGCCGUCUUCGAGCAGUGCCCAACUAGUUGCCCUUGGAUUGACCACGAUGACUGCUGCAGCACCCGGGGUUGUCGGUGACAAUGGGCAGGCUGCGGGUGCAUCCCUGUCCUCCGGACAAAGGAAGCGGAUUAAGGCAUACCUGAAGCGCUGCCGUAUGAAUCCUCGCCACUCACAACUAAACUUGGAGGGCUAUCUACUCCUUCCGGUCCAGCGCAUCCCUCGGUAUCGUUUGCUUCUGGAUGAUCUUGUCAAGAGCAGCCCGCCCAUGUACGAUUACUUGGAUAAUCCUUUGGAGCGUGCAUACGAGGCUAUAUCGUCUCUAGCCACGGAUAUGAACGAGGGCAAGCGAGAGUCGGAGUCACGACGAAAGCUCGUGCAGUGGCAGGCUCGGAUUCGGGGGAGAUUCCCCAGCCCUCUUGUGCAGCCGCACCGACGUCUCAUCAUGGACGGUCGCCUGCAGCUCACCCGGGUUGUCCGGAAAGCCACCGUCUCCUUUGAAAUCAUAGAUUCUCAUGGAGACUCGACAGACGUGCAGGUCGAAUGUUUGUCCCCGGAGUUGACUCCGCGGUCACUGGUUGGCAUCCUUUGCAACGAUCUGUUGGUCUUGUGCCGAGAUCCGACCGACGGGCAGGAUCCCAACUCUUGGGUGGAUCUAUGGGCGGUAUUACGCAUGCAGACGUUGCCGCAACCCGCAAGCAUUGUACAUGGCACUGCCCUGCGCCUAGUGGACAACAAGGCCAUACUGUAUUUUGAGGCGCCUUCGACUUCGGACGCUUUGACGUGGUUUAGAGCGAUCAACCUGCAUAUACCCGCAUCAAAAGCAUAACUGUCUUCUGUAUUCGAUUUCGCUGCUCACCCGACUGAAUAGUCCUCUAUGCAUGGCAUGCCCCUCUUCGGUCGUCCGUUCAUUAUAUGUUUUCGUGCCACUGUGUUUGCUACUGCGUUAUCCUCGGCUCCUCGCAUCUACACACUCCUUCACUGUAUUCCAGCAUCAUCCCGUGUUUUGUGUCCUUUGCUACUCUAGAUAUCCGUCACAUCCAUCCUCUCAUCUCACGGGCUGUGCCUUCGCAAUAUUAUUACAGUACAAUCUCUACUAUGGGGCGGCAGCUGUCUAAUAAAUGUGUAUCUAUGCUUUGGGAUUCGCAUGCGCUAUUCACAAGUACUUAGCUGUUGAGCAGGGCC